AUGUUGUUGGAUGCUUUGUAUCCACCACUGCCCUCGUCCAUUCGUCCAUACAUCUAUAUGUCUGUCUUUCCAUCCGCCUAUAGCGGAUGGAGAGGGUUGGAAGAGGAGGGGAAGGGAAGAAGAAAGGAGAUAUUGGAGUAUAAGUGGGAAGCGAAUGACGUCAUAUGUUAUAAUGACACUAGGUGUUUGUUGGAUUUAGACAUAUGUGAUGUGUCGAAUGAGACGGACAGUUAUGGCUGUUUAAUGUUGCCGUGGUUGCUAUUAAUAGUACUGUUGUCGUUAUUUUUUUUCGCUACUGUUGCAUCUGCUGCGGCUGCGGCUGCUGCAGCAGCAAAUUAUGAUGAUGAUGAUGAUGAUAAUGAUGAUGAUGAAGUUGUUGUUGUCAAAAUUGUCAAAUUUUUCUGA